GCGGUUAGGCUGUCGGUGCUCUGGUUUUAUGGUGCUCUGGUUUUAUGGGUCGAACCCCGUGGAGAAAGAGUCACUCAAAGAUUGGUCUCAUGAUCCAAAAUAUGCGAAUUAGCCUUCUUGGCGGGUUCGGUAUUUGCACAACGUUGUGGCGGACAUUUCAAGCACGACCAAGACGCAGCGCUCCAUUUGUUUGCUGCAAAAACAGGCUAAAUCAAGGCUUCCCAAUAUCAGCUACGAAUUGGCUAGCGAGACUGGGGAACACUCAAGGGCCUGCGCUUGGCAUCCAUAUUGCAGCCGGCAUAUGAAGUCCCGCGUCGUCAUUUCUUUGGGCUCAAAUUCUUUAUUACCGCGGCGCUCUCUCUCCAGGGACCUCUACCGGGCUCUGGUCACCUCAACCCAUGUUCGACGCUCCAGUCUCUGAGCCGCCAAGAUGAAGCUCCUCAUGCCUGCACUGGUACUGGCAUCCACCGUCCAGGCCCACUACCGCUUCUCCAAGAUCAUUGUCGACGGGGUGCCCGAGGCGAAGGAGUGGACGGCAGUGCGACAGACGAAAAACUACCAGGGGAACCAGGGGGUGACAGAUGUCAACAGCGCCGACAUGCGUUGCUUCCAGAAUCGACCCGGCACGUCGACGGCCACGAUUACUGCAGGCGGGACGCUCGGAUUCAUUGCCGCGUCGGCCGUGACGCACUUUGGCCCCGUCCAGUUCUACAUGGCCAAGGUUCCGGAAAGCGCCGACAUCAACACGUGGGAGCCCGCCGGCAACGUGUGGUUCAAGGCUGCCAGCAUCGACGCCGUUAAGAGCGACGCUGGGUGGACCUGGCCAGCAUACCAAAAGCAGACGGUGGAGUUCGUCAUCCCCAAGCACGUGCCCAGUGGCAAGUACCUCGUGCGCGUUGAGAGCAUCGCAUUGCACCAGGCGCAGUCGGCCGGCGGCGCUCAGAUCUAUCUGUCGUGCGCACAGGUGGAGGUCACGGGAGGAGGCUCCGGCACACCCAGCCCGCUUGUUGCCUUCCCAGGAGCGUACAAGGCAAGCGAUCAAGGACUUUUGUGGUCAUACUACCCCGUGCGCACCACCUACACGGCUCCGGGGCCCAAGGUUUGGGAGAGUUAA